CCGAGCCUUUCCCGAAGCGGCGUGUUUGCAACUCGCGGCCGCUGUGGUUUGCAUCGAUGUCGUGAUCGGGAGCCAAUGAGAAACCUGCUGAUCCAACCCGAGGGCGGACAGUUGAGAGGCAGGACGGAGAGAGGAAUUCUGAAAGGCGUGGAUAUUUUCUCUUCUCUUUUCUCUCCCCUAGACUCAUCUUCCUCUGCGGCAAAAGGACAGUGUCGUCGCGAGGAGAAAAUCUGUGACUCGGGUUCUGGGUGGUGAGCGUGCCAUUUUUAUAUAUACCCUGCCCGCUACGUUGGAUUUCAUUCUAUGCGGUGAUCUCCACUGCCGUACUAUAUUUUUGCGUACCCCUCUUCCCCUACCCAACUGUGCUGUAAGAAGUGCAGGACAUAUUGGUCAAUAUGGGGUCUAUCUCGACGGCCGGAGAAGCUGUGGCGAGAAUCGCCUACCUUGCCAGUGAUGUCGUCCUCUCCGUACAGCCGUCUCUGCGGACGGAUUCGCAGUUCUCCAAGUCUCUCAACAGCCUGAAGGCCAAGGGUGCCUCUGGCUUGAUUUCCAAGGCCGCUCCUGAGGUACGAGCUGUGAGAGAGAAUGCGGACCCUCUCCUUUCCGCUUUCUAUCCUCUUCAGUCUGGAAGCAUUGUUUCUGUUACGACUUCUUCCAAUGUUCUCCUUUCUUCUAUUCCCCACCUUUUCCGUCUGGCGAAUUAUCCCAUUGUCAUCCACGUCGCUCUCGACGCAUCUCCCUUCCCGGAUUACUCGGUUAUCAGCUCGAUCCGCCAGUGUGGCUUCGCGUUCCUGCAGUCAGAGACCCUCCAGGAAGCACAGGAUAUCGCCUUGACCGCCCACGCCCUUGCGAUCAAGUCUGGAAAGGGUGUCAUCCAUUUCUUCGAUCCCGCCAACUCUCAGGCUGAUAACGCCAUCGCGGAGGAAGAUAUUGAGGUCGUUAAGAAGGUCCUGGACUUGGAGGGAGACAAGGCAACCCACGUGUCUGGCACUGGAGAGCAGACCUUGUACACGGACUCUGGUCGUGCGGCUACCGUCGAGGAGAAGGUGGAGGCUGCCCCUGAGGCCGAGACCGAAGGCGCGGCCGCUCUUCCAACCCCAGCAAAGAGCCCCGUCGAUUCUACAGAUGCCUCGUCUGUUGGUUCUUCCAAGCGGGACAGCAGUGUCGACAGCCGUGCUCCUAGCUCUACCGCAACGACCGUUGAUGUGGCUGCUGCACGACCGGUCAAUGCCGCUGAUGUCUUCGAGUUCACCGCACAGAUCUGGGAGACUCUCUCAAAGGCUACUGGCCGCAGCUACCACGCUGUCGAAUACACUGGCCCGCACAACGCCAAGUCUGCUAUUUUCAUCUUCGGUUCGACAGGAGUCUUCGUUGAUGCUCUGGAAGGUGCCAAGGACCAGCCGGAGCUGCAGAAUGUUGGAAUCAUCACUGCUCGUCUGUACCGUCCUUGGGUCGGUUCUCAGAUCUCUAGCUCGAUCCCCGCAUCCGUUGAGAAGAUCGCCGUGGUGGAGCAGGCGCGCAAGACCACUAGAUGGGGUCCUGCGUUCUUGGAUCUGCUCUCGAGUCUGAGUCCGUCUCAGGCUCCGCGCCUCGUAGCAUACAGACUCGGUUAUGUUGAGCCCUCUACUGCUGUUCAGGCUCUCCGUGGUAUUCUCCAGAACCUCGGCUCUGAGACCCCGAUCCAAAACCUUGAGAUCGGCAGCCACAAGGCUCCUCUUCAGAAGGUCCCUGAACAGCCUGAGCUCGAAAAUGCCUACACUAAGAUCCUCCAGCAGUUGUUCAAUGACCGACUCUAUGUGGCGAACCAGCUGGCUUCCAACAAUGCUGGUAUCUCUGCUACUAUUGCAGCUAGCCCUGAAUAUGGUUUCGGUUCAUUGAUUGCCAGAACGGAACACCGCGAACGACUGAUCCGCGAGGUUGAAGAGGCAGCAAAGUCGGGUGUCUUCACUACCGAGACCCCCAAGAGCUGGUUGUCUAAGUGGGCUCUGAGUGCUAGAGAUGCGGCAAAGGCCAACAGCCUUGCUCCUGACGUGAUCUCUCAUCUCUCCGUUGACGGCUCCAAGACCGCACAGGACCUUCUGCAAUCCAAGCAGCUCUUUUUCAAGGAAUCUCAAUGGCUUAUCGGUUCAGAGGCGUGGGCAUACGAUCUUGGAAACAGCGGUGUUCACCACGUCCUGGCGUCGGGUGCCAAUGUUAACAUGCUCAUCAUUGACUCGGAGCCUUACUCCGAGCGUGCCGCUGCUGACCCUACUCGUCGCAAGAAGGACAUUGGACUGUAUGCCAUGAACUUUGGCAACGCUUAUGUCGCAUCCGUCGCCGUGUAUGGAUCCUACACCCAGGUUCUUCAGGCCAUGGCGGAAGCCGACCAGUUCGAAGGUCCCUCCGUUGUCGUUGCCUAUCUACCAUACAACAAGGAAGAUGAUUCUCCUCUGACUGUCCUUCAAGAGACUAAGAAGGCUGUUGACCUUGGUUACUGGCCUCUCUACCGUUGGAACCCUGGUCAGGAGGAGAAUGGCGAGCCCAAAUUCUCUCUCGACUCGGAGCGUAUCAGACGCGAGCUUGAGGAUUUCCUGCGUAGGGAUAACCAGCUCACUCAGCUGAUGAAGCGUCACCCUAACUUCUCCUCAAGCUUGUCUGAGUCUUACGGCACUGAAGUUCGCGCUCUGCAAAAGCGUAAGGCCAAGGAUUCGUAUGAGAAGCUCCUCGAAGGUCUCUUCGGUGCUCCUCUGACUAUCUUAUUCGCCUCUGACAACGGUAACGCACAGAACUUGGCUAAGCGCCUGGGCAACCGUGGACGUGCUAGGGGUCUGAAGACUACGGUCUUCGCUAUGGACGAUUACCCGAUUGAGGACUUGUCUACUGAAGAGAACGUCGUUUUCAUCACCAGUGUUGCAGGUCAGGGAGAGUUCCCGCAGAACGGUCGCUCCUUCUGGGAGGUUGUAAAGAACUCGGGUGACUUGGACCUUUCUUCCAUCAAUUACUCUGUCUUCGGUCUUGGCGACAGCCACUACUGGCCUCGCAAGGAGGAUAGGAUCUACUACAACAAGCCCGCGAAGGACAUUGAUGCUCGUGUUUCCUUCCUUGGUGGAAGAAAGCUCACCGACAUCGGACUCGGUGAUGACCAGGACCCAGAUGGUUACCAGACUGGCUACUCUGAGUGGGAACCGCGGUUGUGGAAGGCUCUUGGUGUGGACAAUGUCGAGGGUCUCCCUGAGGAGCCUGCACCGCUCACGAACGAGGAUAUCAAGGCUCAGUCUAACUUCCUCCGUGGUACUAUCGUUGAGGGUCUGAAUGACGAGAGCACUGGUGCUAUUUCUGCCAGCGACCAGCAACUGACCAAGUUCCAUGGUACUUACAUGCAGGAUGACCGUGAUGUCCGUGACGAGCGCAAGGCUCAGGGCCUUGAGCCCGCUUAUUCCUUCAUGAUUCGUUGCCGUCUUCCUGGUGGUGUUGCGACUCCUUCUCAGUACCUUCAGAUGGACGCAAUCAGCAGUGCUCAUGGUAAUGAGACCAUGAAGCUGACUACGAGACAGACGUUCCAGUUCCACGGAGUCGUCAAGGGCAAGCUUCGUGCCGCAAUGCGCGCUAUCAACAAGGCCCUGAUGACCACUAUCGCUGCUUGCGGUGAUGUCAACCGUAACGUCAUGUGCAGUUCUCUGCCCGAGCUGUCUGGUUAUCACCGAGAGGUUCACGCCGUAUCCAAGAGGAUCAGCGACCACCUCAUCCCUGCCACCACCGCCUAUCACGAAAUCUGGCUGAAGGAUGACAAUGACAAGAAGAUUCAGGUUGCUGGUGAUGCUGUUGUCGACCAUGAGCCUCUGUACGGCCCGACAUACCUUCCCCGAAAGUUCAAGAUCACUAUUGCCAUUCCUCCUCACAACGACACUGAUGUCUAUGCUCAUGAUAUCGGUCUCAUUGCUAUCAAGGGCGCUGACGGACAUCUGGAGGGUUUCAAUGUCCUUGUCGGUGGUGGAAUGGGCACAACCCACAACAACAAGAAGACCUACCCGAGAACCGGCUCUAUGCUCGGAUUCGUCCCUGCUGAUCAGACUCACCUUGUUUGCGAAAAGAUCAUGCUUGUCCAGCGAGACCACGGUGACCGUAAGAACAGAAAGCACGCGCGUCUGAAGUACACCAUCGACGACAUGGGCCUGGACGUCUUCAAGAGCAAGGUGGAGGCUAUUCUUCCGGAGGGUGUGCAGUUCGCUGAGCCUCGUCCUUUCAAGUUCGUCUCCAACAUCGAUACAUUCGGAUGGCAGAAGGAUGAGAAGGGCCUGAACCACUUCACCUUCUUCAUCGAGAACGGUCGUAUUGAAGAUACCGCUGACUUCCCCAUGCGGACCGGUCUGCGGGAGAUUGCCAAGCUCAACAAGGGAGAGUUCCGCCUCACUGGUAACCAGCAUCUGAUCCUUUCCAACAUCGAAGAUGCCGAUCUUCCUGAAAUCAAGGCUCUUAUGGCCAAGUACAAGCUGGACAACACUUCUUUCUCCGGCCUCCGCCUUUCUUCCUCUGCAUGUGUGGCCUUCCCUACUUGUGGUCUCGCUAUGGCUGAGUCUGAGCGCUACCUCCCUGUUCUCAUCUCCAAGCUCGAGGCUACUCUUGAGGAGAAUGGCCUUGGCAAGGAGAGCAUCGUCAUGCGUAUGACCGGUUGCCCUAACGGCUGUGCCCGCCCUUGGCUUGCUGAAGUGGCCUUCGUUGGUAAGGCUUACGGAGCUUACAACAUGUACCUGGGCGGUGGUUACCACGGUCAGCGUUUGAACAAGCUCUACCGCGCAUCCAUCAAGGAAGACGAGAUCCUUGACAUCAUGAAGGAUCUCUUCAAGCGUUACUCCUUGGAGAGGAAGACGGCCCCUGGUCAGGAGCCUGAGAGGUUCGGUGACUGGUGUAUCCGCGCCGGUAUUAUCAAGGAGACGACGGAAGGCAAGAACUUCCAUGAAGGAGUUGCCGAAGAGGACGAGGAAGAGUAAAGCAUCAGGAUGGCAUUGUCAGUGUCGUUUUGUUUGGGAUGAUCUUACGCCCAUUUUAUUUUAUUCUAUUCUAUUUUUUGGCAUAGCAUUUUGUAUAUCCGCAUGUCGCCGUAUGACAUUGUAUAUAUCGUACGAAAUUGAUCAUGAAAUCAUUUAUCACAUUUUA